CUCAUAUUACGUAAAAAACAAAGACGCCUGCUCCUCACCCACGCCCUAUUUAAUGCCUCGCUAUUUUGUCUGCUCUCUUCUGCUUUUAUCCAUCUUUUUUUAAGAAAUUGACAUGGACCAUAACAAAUCACUACGCACAUACGAUCAAGCCUUUUUGUUUGCCAUGGGCGAAACAAAUCGUACAAGUAAAUCAAAAAAACGGGCCUUAAUGUUUGCAGAUUUUUACGAUGUUGUACCUGUUGCAGUGACCGAUGAAGAUGGUAAUGAAGUAGACGUGAUCUUAUCCCCAAGGCAUGUCGAAAAGUUCCAGACCAUGCUUGCCAAACCAACCCCACUCACUUCAACAGCAAUUGGUGAAUUUGGAGCAUAUUCCGGUUACUUAACGAAACGCCAUUACACUGAAUUAAAUAAGGAAAUGAUCGAAAUGCUUAACCAAGACUGGGAGAUCAAGCCAAGCCAACGGUUUAUUUCAGCAAGAGCACUCAUCGGAUCCGUAAUAAUUGAUUCUGAAAACAAUUGUGGUCUUUUAAUCUUGGCUUUAGAAGUAUAUGGUCGUGACCCGGACAUUGAAAGCCACGCAGAAAAACGCAGCUCCACUGGUUCAACUUUCCAAUCGACAUCCGUACCGUCUGUAGGCCAGAAUGACUUCGAAAUUUUCACCAUGCGCCAAACCGAAGGCAGCAAUAUUUCCAUCAAGCUUAUACUGGGUACCCACUCGUUCAACGCCCUUGUCACUGCUAGUACACGGAUCGACAACUUGGUGGAUCAACCUGAAUGCGGGCCAAACACUGUCAAUUUCGGUGUGUCUCCUAACUCCCACUUAAAGUACAAGUUGUAUCUUGACUCGGAAUCAUGGUCUGACUCUCUAGCGCUUGAUGAAAAGACUAACUUGCAGUCCAUUUAUAUCUAUACUCAUUCCCAAAUCAUGCAAUUUCGCCAGCAUAAACUCGGUUCCACAAACUACUUACAACAACCUAUGACAGUAUUUACGUAUGCUACGUCAGUUACGAGCGAUGGUCAAAAUGCUCAUCUUGGAAAAGCCAAUGUCGAAAACUUACUUUCAGAACUUAACAAGGAAACGAAGGCUAAGCGUGUCAUUCAACGGGUACUGCAACUUUUUGGAGACAGUGAUACUAUUCCUAUCAUUAGUAAUACUGGCCUGGAUUAUAUUGCUGAGGAAAUUGUCUAACUUGUUGGCAUCCUACUUAUCAAACACCAACAAAAAAAGUGUUAUUCUUUCUCUGGCCGAUCAUUUAAAAUCAUAUUGAUUUUAGUAACUCAUUCAUCUUAUUAAAUGUAUACCUAUUGUACUCCCUCUUCCCCCUCAUCAUGCAAUACCUUUUAUUAUCGUUGUUUAUCAUUAAAAACUAUUGGUUGAAAAAAUAAAAUAUGUCAGGUCUAUUUAUCAAC